UGCUCCCCCUCCCCAUUCAGUGUGUGUGUCUCCCUCCUCCGUGAGUCGUGCGGUCAGUGCCCCUCUCUCCCCCCUGGUGCCUCUCUCUUGGGAUCUGACUAGUGAUGUGUAACCUACAGAAUGCCCAGCAGCACUGGAAAAAGGUUUAAGCCUACGAAAUACAUCCCUGUGUCCACUGCCGCUGCCUUACUAGUGGGGUCCACCACUUUGUUUUUUGUUUUCACGUGCCCCUGGUUGACUAGAGAAAUCUCCCCAGCCAUCCCAGUGUACAAUGGGCUCAUGUUCCUCUUUGUGCUGGCAAAUUUCAGCAUGGCAACCUUUAUGGAUCCUGGUAUCUUCCCAAGAGCUGAUGAAGAUGAAGACAAGGAUGAUGACUUCAGAGCUCCCCUCUACAAGAAUGUGGAGAUCAAAAGAAUACAAGUACGGAUGAAAUGGUGUGCCACCUGCCACUUUUAUCGGCCCCCUCGCUGUUCACAUUGCAGUGUCUGUGAUAACUGUGUGGAAGAUUUUGAUCAUCACUGUCCCUGGGUGAAUAACUGCAUAGGGCGCAGGAAUUAUCGCUAUUUCUUCCUGUUCCUGCUGUCUCUGAGCACACACAUGGUUGGGGUCUUCUCAUUUGGCCUCAUAUUUGUCCUGCACCAUCUGGAGGUUCUGGGAGAAGCCCACACCAGUAUUACGAUAUCAGUCAUGUGUGUGGCUGGCCUUUUUUUCAUUCCGGUUAUUGGUCUCACUGGCUUUCAUAUUGUUCUUGUUGUGCGAGGUCGCACCACCAAUGAACAGGUGACAGGGAAAUUUCGAGGAGGAGUUAAUCCUUUCACCAGAGGAUGCUGUGGGAACAUACAACAUGUUUUGUGCAGUCCAUUAUCACCAAGGUAUGUGGUUGAACCAAAGAAGAGGCCACAAAUCACACUCAAGCCUCCAUUUAUACGUCAAGAUCUGUCAGAAAGGCAAAUAACUGUAAAGAUAAGUGACAAUGGUAUCCAGGCUAACUUACACCACUCCAAGUCCAAAGGAAGUCUAGAAAGUAUGAAUGAUAAAUCUCUGGAUAUACAGCCACCUCUACCUCCUAAAGGAGACCCCACCAAAUAUUCUGACAUGAAGGCAACACUGGGAAGUGGUGAAGGUAAAAACAGUGGACUAUCACCAAAAGUGAUCAGUCCCCCAACUCCAGCCAUGUAUAAAUACCGACCAGGAUUUGGAGCAAAUCCCAAAGUACACUACCACCCAGCUACAGAACAGAUUGCUAUGCAUGAAGGACUAAAGGACAGUGUGUUUUUGGAGGAAGACUGCAGGAACCAUGAUUACCAGUCAGAGCCCAACCUAGAUUUUCAGGAGUACCGCAAGAAUUCCCUCCACAAGUCCUACCAGUCAUCUCCGCUGCAACUUGACAACUUCACUGCCAACUCGCGCUCACUGAGCCUGAAGAAUUCUGUGCGUCGUGAAUCAGAGAAAAUUCCUCUUCAGAUGGUGAAAUCAGAGGGUGAAACUACUACACCGUACAAAAGUGUUUUUUCCCCUAACGCCUUGUCUAACCGUAAUGGAAGUUUAUCUUAUGACAGUUUACUCAACCCAAUGGCUUCAGCAUCUGAUAAAUGCACUGCACACACUGCCUCUGGUUCUGUGGGAUACCAUUCACCAUAUAUGUCUGCCAAAAUGUGCCAUCUAAGAGGAGCAGAGCGGCAACCAGCUCAAAGUUUCAGUCCUGUAUUAAACAGGGCUGCUGGACAUCAAAGAGAUCCUUCUCCCGUGCGCUAUGACAACCUUUCCAAAUCCAUUAUGGCCUCAAUCCAGGAAAGGAAGGAGAUGGAGGAAAGAGAGAAGCUGCUACAUUCUCACACAGAUUCAGUUUUUGCAGACUCAGGGGUCUAUGAUACCCCGAGCACAUACAGCUUACAGCAGGUCAGCUCACUCUCAGAGAACCCACGUGCUACUGCAGGCCGCUAUGGUUCGAAGGACAAUCUUUUGGGAGGGGCUACAAAUUUUAGCUCCAGGAACCCUAUUCUACAGUCCUCUCUAUCCUCCCUUUCUAGUGCAGUCUCCAGAGCUCCUAGGACUUCCACCACAUCUUUGCAGGCUGACCUGGCCAAUAACAAUAUCCAGAGUCAUCAGCCCUUGCAAGGACGAGUUAGUAAUGGGUCAUACAAGUCCCCUGGCCAUCAAGUUCCAUCUUCGCCAUCUGGAAUACCCAGGUCGCCCUCUUAUGGGGGAAGUAAAACGGUCACAUUUCUUAAUACCAUGGAAUUUGUAGAAGGAGCUUCCAUGUCAGUUCAGAGGUCAGAUGUAAAGACACUUCAUGGUAAGAUAAAUGGACAGCCAAAGGGAUUAUCAAGACCUGAGUGUCGACUAGGAUCCAAAUCUAGUCCACAGAGCACUACUACAGUGAGUCCUUCUCGGCAUUCUAGUGUAAAAAAGGUGUCUGGAGUUGGAGGCACUACAUACGAAAUAUCAGUGUAGAAGUCCCUGCUUUGAGUGCCUUGAGCACUCAGAACGCUGCAGGUAAUGAACCAGUAAAGUACAAGGCGUUUUUUUUUUUUUUUUUUUGAGGGCCGUGCGGAAAAGAGUACGGUCAAUGGGAGCUUUAAGUCGUGACUGAAGGACCUCUAACAACAAGGAGGACAUUGGUUACAUGAUGAAAAGAGCAAAAUAAGCCAUUGUACAUGUGUGUCUGUCCAUGAAAAAAGGAAGAAAUGUUUUAAAAUCUGUGAUGUAAGCGCAGUGGGACAACAUUUUAUAUUUUAUUUUGCCAUAUUUUUUUUAAUUUGUGAGUUGCAGAGUCUGAAACUAUUGGGCCACAAUAAAAGAAUCAAGCUCUACUGAGAGAAUAAAUCCCAGGAUCAAUGGAUAUGAACAGAAAAUAAAAAAAUAAGCCCCCAGAUCUCCUAUUUCUUCUUCACAUAGUAACUUUGAUUAAAAGAGUUGUUUGUAUGGUAUGUGCUUGAGAUAACAAAUUUCUUGCGCUGUCAAAAGUUUAGAAUCUGAUUCCCCCCCCCCCCCCAAAAAGAAAAAAAAACUCAUCCACUAAAUUGUAACUAUCUGUAUUAGCUGCAUGCACUAUGGUUUAGGCAUAAUAUAGAAGAAUGAUGCAUCUUCAUGCGGUGUGUCUAGUACUGCAGCCUAAGGUGGAAAGUAGCAUGACAACUGUUCAGCUUAAAGUUUCAAGAGGAAAGAAAAGCAGGUUGAAUGUAAUGUAGUCAUGUAAUGUGUGAUAGCCUGGUUCUAUGAACUGUAUGACCAACCACAAUAGGUUUGUCAAACAUUGUUUUUAGCAUCCAGUUUGUGUCAGAAUACUAAAUUCAAUUGCAACUCUGCCUUCUGCCUUGAGCCAAAAAAAACAUCCCUGUUAGAACUUAAAAAUCUGGCAAUGCUUAAAGGCUAUAGACACUUUUAGAAUGCUUUUUUUUUCCCUAAAUAAGUAUUCUUGCUUUGUACUUAUUAGGGUCCAAAUGCAUUCCCUCCAUAGGUCUUUAUUAAAUAUUUUGCUCCCUUUCCUUUCUACAGCCUUUGCAGCGUCCUUUUAUCAAUGAAGUCCAUUAGAGAGCCUUUUUCUUGACAGUCUCUCAUCAGUUAUUCUCUUUCUGGCUAUCAAUCGGCUCAGAAGCUCUUUCAGGAGAGGAAAGAUAAGACCUAUUUAGGCAGCUUGUUUGAUGGACAUAGUAAUUAGCUGUAGAAGAAAACCUAUGAAGAAAAUUGUUUUUAUGUACCCUAAUAAGCACAAAGCAAUAAUAAAACAUGCAUUCAAAUGUAACUAUAGCCCUUAAACCUUGCCUGUCUUUUACCGUGGUAUUAACCAUAAUUAUAACCAUUUUUUAGGUGGAGACUGCAAUACAGUGUAAAAUGUGAAUGGGUCAUUAAGGAUUCUGUUUCAGCUCCUGGAGACCAAUGUUUAUACUUCACUCCUGUAAAGGUCCAUUAAAAUCUUGAAAGUAUUAUGUGAAGAAAAAAAAGAAAGUUUAUCUGUGAACUGCAGCUUAUUUUUAUUCUUGGGUCAAGUUUUUAGAAUUUUACAUUGAUUUUAUAUCAAGUUUAGGUAACAUGUUAUUAAAUUUGUCCUUUUGUCAUUCUGUUGCCGUGGUGCAUCAGUGUUAUUAUUCAUGUGGAUGUUUUCUUGCCUUAACCUUCACCUCUGAACAGGGGUUAAGCAAUGUGGUGCUGUGUGGCUGCUAAUAUUUGUAGUGUAAUGCCCUACACUUUGUCAGUGUAACUACCCCAAUACACCUUAUAGGCAGAGGAGUAACCCUUGUGAGUGACUACAAUGGGAUAAUGUAUUCAUGAUGGUAACAUCCAGCCACAUGGCAUUAGGUUUUAUUAGUUAAAUGAAAAAUAUGUGGAAUUAUGAAAAUCUAUAUUUCAGUGAAUUUAAUAUGUAAUAAUAAACAAUAUGUACACCAUG